GGCCGUCUGACACACAGAAAAGAAGCUUGGGCUCUCUCUCUCCCCCCGUCUCCGCCUCCGCCUGCUCACCUCCGCCCCGCGCGCGCCCCCGACCCGUUCCUCUUCCCGCGCAGCGCCCGUCCCCGACCGCCGCGACCUCACUCUCCGAGCUCUCCUGCUGCUGCUGGACGCCCGCCGACCCGAGAUCCUCUCGGCCCCGGGAUCGGAUUCCUCCCCUGCGCCGCGCCCGUCGAUCCCAGUCUCGAUCGCUGUUGGUCACCAGCAAGGAUGAAGCGCAAGCGCGGCCGCAAGCCAGCGGGGAAGAAAGCCGCUCCGGCGUCCGCCGCGGCGGAGUCCCCCUCGCCGGACACCCCGUCCAGCCCCAGCACGGAGGCGACCAACAGCACGCCAGAUCAGGCGGAGGAGGAUAGCGCCCCGCCUGCCACCCAAGCACCGGUACCAGCGCCUGAACCACCACAACCAGCGGCAGUAGUAGCACCUCCUCCACAUUCUGAGCCACCGCAGAAGCCCGCCGCCGCCGCCGCCCCAGUUAAUCCUCCGGUGGACAUACCGUACGCCAAGCCCAAAGUGGGCGCCGUGUACGGCCGCGUGAAGCUCAAGUUCAAGUCGUCCAAGGUGGUAGACCCACCGCCCCCGCAGCAGCAGGGUUCUUCGGGAGCUCAGGCGCCGGCCGCUGACGCUGCGAAAUCUGAAACCGCAACCGUCCCCGAGGUAGCCAAAGAGGCUGAAGCGGAGAAGGCUGCUAUCCUUACAGACAAGCAGCAAGCGGACGGGCAGGGAUCGGAGACGAGUGAUGCGGACAAGGAAAAGGUGGUGAGGAGAGUGGGAGGCAUCAAGAUCAAGUCGGUGGGGUUAGCUUCUAUAGGGAACAACACCCCGGAUAGGAAAGCUGAUCCGGUGGAUGAGCCUCCUCCGAGCAAGCAGGAAGCUGUUUCGGAGAACAAAGGAACUGAGGAGACGGUGGAGCCGAGGAGCUCGCAGGAGUUGGAGGAAAAGCAGUCUACACCAGAGCGUCAGCGUGAUGAGAAAGAGCUGUCUGCUGCACUUGAAGCUAUUAAGAAAGUCAUGAAGAUGGACGCUGCUGAGCCGUUCAACAUUCCAGUGGAUCCUGUUGCACUAGGAAUACCUGAUUACUUUGAUAUUAUUGAUACUCCUAUGGAUUUUGGCACAAUAUGUAAAAAUUUGGAACGUGGUGACAAGUAUAUGAAUUCAGAGGAUGUAUAUAAGGACGUGCAAUUCAUAUGGGAUAACUGUACCAAGUACAACAGUAAAGGUGAUUACAUAAUCGAGCUUAUGAAACGGGUCAAGAAAGGCUUCAUGAAAAAUUGGUUGGCAGCAGGCUUGUAUUCUGAUGUGCCAGACAGCGGUGGCAAUGACAAUACUGGAGAUGAGGAUGCCAAAGGCCACUCAAAAAGCAAGUCUAAGAACAAAAGGCGACGGCCAGGGAAUGAUCGCCACAAAAGUGACUGCAUAUGUGCGGUUUGUCAAGUUACACGGCGUAAGAAGGAAAGGGAUGAAAUAUUGGCUGUUGUAGAUAAUGAAACUGCUGCGAUGGAUAGUAACACUUCUGACCAGCAUGACAUGGAGGGAAACUCUGGUGCUAAUCAUCCUGGCAGUCAUGAUACUUCCUCUAGCCAUGAGCAACCACCAAGGACUGAUGUGUACAAAGAGACAGUGGAAGCAGAUGAUUCUGGGAUUCGGAUGGAAGAUGUUGGAAAAUUCUCCAGUGAUCGGCCAUCUAGUUUGCCGCAUCCUGACUAUGAUGAUGAGGGUUCUAGACAACAUUUUGAGGGAAAAGAACAGGUUGAGUAUAGAGAUAUGAACAGUAAUGGAGAGCAUACUUCCACUCAGCCUAAUGAGUACUCUGAUGUUGAGAAUCACCAACAUAAGGCACAGAUAGAGACCAGCCAAGAGGUUGAGAUGGAGGAGGAUUAUCCCAUGCUGCAGCUGAACCCUGCAUUCCAGCAACUUUGUGCGAGCCUCUUCCCCAGCAACCCGAGCUCCACUUUCGGGGUCCGCCAUUCACUGUUCCGUCCCCGGCGCCGAGCUCCAAUGAAGGAGAGCCCCCUGCAUGCAGCCAUGGCAGAGUUAAUGAAGCGUCGUUAGGAAUUUCACCGCUUGGUUUUCUUUCAAGAGAAGCCGCUCCAAGGCAGACUUUGGCAAAGCUGUACCCUGAAGACGUGGAAACUGGUUGGGAUGAUGAGGUGGAUUAGUCUAUACGUUUUCUUUGAGCUCAGGAUCUGGUCUGAUGUAGGCGUGUGAUUAGUUGAGGCAUGCCUGUCUAUUAUAACAUGGAUUCCGAAAUUCUCUGCGAUUUUUGUAUCGGGCUAAUUGCGGUAGCCACAUGUGGCUCCAUUCCUUGCCGCCCUGGCAUAGGGUUGGCCUGAACUUCCCCUAUAAUUGGAGGAUCUGUAGGAUUUGUUUAGUGUUUGGACAAAUUCUUCUCCCCAACCGCCACCUGAUCUGGGAAAAAAUGAUGCUUCUUCUUUUCCCCAAACACAAACAGAAGUCUGAUCGGGGUACAUGAUUGAGAGUUGAAUAUUGCAGUGAAUAUUCAAUUACUUGUGGAAUCAGUUAGCCCUAAAACUGUCACCAACUCCAAUGAGGUGCCGUGAGGCUAUAUUAUAUCAUUUUGAUAAGAUUGUGAA